GGUGGGAGGGCAGGGAGGAAGGCUUAGUAGUUCGUCGAUCAGUGCUUCGAAUUGAUUUAGUUUUUAGUUUAGUUCAGUUGGUUCAAUUGGAAGGGAUGCGAGGUGGAGCCAUUGGAAAGCGGGGUAGGCACCCCUUCACACCUGCACCCACACGCCGGCAGCCAGCGAUUUCUUGAGUCUAAAUAAAAUUGGAGCGAAUCCUCGACGAUAAUGUCGCCGAAUCGCUGGAUCCUGCUUUUGAUUUUCUAUAUAUCCUAUUUGAUGUUCGGGGCUGCCAUCUACUAUCACAUCGAACACGGCGAGGAAAAGGAGGCCAGGGCCGAGGAGCUCAAGGAGCGCAUCGAGAUCAACGCCUAUUUGUUGGAAGAGCUCUCCGAUAAAAACACAAGCACUCAGAAUGAGAUUCUGGAGAGGAUUUCGGACUACUGCGGCAAGCCGGUGACGGACUACACGAAGGACGAGUACGAGAUUCCGUACACAUGGACCUUCUACCACGCCUUCUUUUUCGCCUUCACCGUGUGCUCCACGGUGGGUUACGGCAACAUUUCCCCAACUACCUUUGCCGGGCGGAUGAUCAUGAUUGCCUACUCGGUGAUCGGCAUUCCCGUCAACGGAAUCCUCUUCGCUGGAUUGGGCGAGUAUUUCGGAAGAACGUUUGAGGCAAUCUACCGACGUUAUAAAAAGUACAAAAUGUCAACGGAUAUGCAUUACGUGCCGCCACAAUUGGGACUGAUCACCACCGUGGUCAUAGCCCUGAUUCCCGGUAUAGCUCUGUUUCUCCUUCUUCCCUCCUGGGUGUUCACAUACUUCGAGAACUGGCCCUAUUCCAUAUCGCUUUACUACAGCUAUGUGACCACAACCACGAUAGGAUUUGGAGACUAUGUUCCCACCUUUGGCCCCAAUCAGCCCCGUGAGUUUGGUGGCUGGUUUGUGGUUUACCAAAUCUUUGUGAUCAUCUGGUUCAUAUUCUCCCUCGGCUACUUGGUCAUGAUUAUGACAUUCAUCACUCGGGGACUGCAGAGCAAGAAACUGGCCUAUCUGGAGCAGCAGCUGUCCUCCAACCUGAAGGCCACCCAGAACCGCAUCUGGACAGGUGUCACUAAGGACGUGGGCUACCUGCGGCGAAUGCUCAACGAGCUGUAUAUCUUAAAAGUCAAGCCCGUGUACACCGAUGUAGAUAUCGCCUACACCUUGCCGCGCUCCAACUCGUGUCCGGACCUGAGCAUGUACCGCCUGGAGCCGGCGCCCAUGCCCAGCCGAAAGCGAGCCUUCUCCGUAUGUGCCGACCUGGUAGAGGCCCAGAAGGCCGGACUGGUUCACGCCAGCUCCGACACGGAGCUUAGCAAGCUGGACAGGGAGAAGACGUUCGAGACGGCAGAGGCUUAUCGCCAGACCACGGAUCUGCUUGCCAAGGUUGUCAGUGCCCUGGCCACCGUAAAGCCCCCGCCGGCGGAUGCCGAGGACGCAGCGUUGUAUGGCGGCUACCACGGCUUCUCAGAUUCGCAAAUCCUGGCCAGUGAGUGGUCCUUUUCCACGGUGAACGAGUUCAGUACGUCACGACGUCCAAGGGCGAGAGCCUGCUCCGACUUCAACCUGGAGCCGCCGCACUGGCAGAGCGAACGCCCCCUGCGAUCGGGACACAACGAGUGGACCUGGAGCGGGGACAACCAGCAGAUCCAGGAGGCCUUCAACCAGCGGUACAAGGAUGCGCAGGUGCCGCGCCUCCAGGAGGAGGAAACGUUUGAGGAUCAGCUGAAGAAGCCCGCCAAAAAGUUCUCCAUGCCGGACGGACUGCGUCGCCUGUUUCCAUUCCAGAAGAAGCGUCCUUCGCAGGACGUGGAGCGCAAGUUGUCAGUGGUUUCGGUGCCGGAGGGUGUGCCAAGACCGCAAUUGGAUUAUCACAGCAACACUGUAACAGCUGCCUCCAGUCAGUCAUAUCUGAGAAACGGCCGUGGCCCGCCGCCACCGUUUGCCGCCUCCAAUGGCAGCCUGGCCAGCGGCGGAGUCACCAACCUGGGCUUCCAGCUGGAGGAAGGACAGGCCACGCCGCCGGUCACGGGUGCUUAUCAACGUCGCGCCGCCCCGGGCAAGCGCCGCCGCGAGAGCAUCUACACCCAGAACCCGGCCAUUUCCGCCCGCCGUGGCAGCAUGUAUCCGCCCACAGCCCAGGCCUUGGCGCAGAUGCAGAUGCGUCGCGGCAGCCUGGCCACCAGUGGCUCCGGUUCCGCGGCCAUGGCUGCGGUAGCCGCCCGCCGGGGUAGCCUUUUCCCGGCCACUGCCGCCUCCGCCACUUCAAUGACUUCCAACACCACGCCACGCAGGAGCAGCAUCUUUUCGGUUACCUCUGACAAGGACAUGAAUGUCCUUGAGCAGACCACCAUUGCGGAUUUGAUUCGAGCACUGGAAGUGGUCCACACCCACGCCGUCUUGGACGAACAACAGCAGGCAGCGGCGGCAGCCGGAGGAGCUGGAGGAUCCAACACCAAGGUAGGACGCAAGCAGCGCAAGAUGGGCAAUGCCGGGCUGGACCCACCUCAGCUGCCGCCCAUACUGUCGCUUUUUGCUGGAGAUCAGACCAGGAACCUACAGAUUGCAGCCACCAAUCGCUUAUAUGCGCGCCGUUCUACCAUAGUCGGGACCAUGUCACCCUUGGCGGGAGGAGGAGGAGCAGGCACAUCAGGAGCAGGGGCAACAGGUGGGGCAACCGGAGCCUCUGCUGUGCGGUCUCUGCUGGAACCGCCUCCAAGUUACACAGAGAGAGCUGAGCCAGCUAAUGUCACAUCAACUCCAGUGGCCACCACGGUGGGACAGAGCAAGUUCCGGCGUCGUUUCAGUGUUCGACCGACGGCUCUGCAGAUUCCACCGGGACAGGCGCCACCACCUGGUGUCAGCCUAUCGGAGACAUCCUCGUCACAAACCGCUCUGCAGAGGCGUCUGUCGCUAAGACCUUCGCCUUUGGCCAGAGAACUGUCGCCCACAUCGCCGCCCGGUGGAGGCAGUGCGGCCACAAAUGGCGGCGGUGAAGAGGCGGGAGCACAGCGUCUGCUACCCUUGCCCGCCGGCACCAGACCCAGCACCAGUAGCACCCAUUCGCCGCUCUCCAGGAUUGUCCAGAUCUCGCAGGCUCAAAGGAAGAGCAGCAUGCCCGGUUCGGGAGUGGGCCCAGCAGGAGGAACUGGAUCAGGAUCGGCAGGAGGUUCAGGUUCCGGAGCGGGACCAGGACCCGGACCAAGUCCGGCCGGCGAAAAAUAGUCCUGUAGCUUCUACAAAGUCCACAUAAUUUUUUUUUUUGCUAGCUAUAUUAAAACAAUUAUUCUACGUCUCCUUUUCAUUUAUUUCCAUUAUAUCUACCACACAUUAUUUUAAAUAUAUAUUCGUAUAAUAUAUUUAUGUAUAUCUGCCAAAAGUCCUUUAGUUUUAAGUGAUAAUUCUAUCCAGUUAUCGUAGUGUUAUGUAUUAUUAAUGCUGUCUCCCUCUGA